CUUUACUUUCCCCCGAACAAAAAAACGAGAGCGGCGGCGGCGGCGACGGCGGGGAGAAGAAAGGACACCGCACAGUGGUGAGGAGGUGAGAUGGACACCGCAGGGAGUUCGACGGGAAGGAGUGGCGAGUCCAUGUUUGCCGAGGAGCUCUAUCAGGCUGGAAUCUGCAUGCGGGAGAGUAUCCGGUGGAUCGAGGCCCAGGAGGGCAAGAUGGAGGAGAUUGCACAUAGCGAUUCUGACUAUGAUAAUCUUCCGGAUUUCAGAAUGGAUAUGGUCGUCUUGACGGAGAGGAUCUUCCAAUUGUGGCACAGGAUGGGCGUGGUACAGAGGGCCGGUUGGAUCGGCAAUGAAGGGGGAUCGAUGGAGACCCAGAGCAAGAUUGGCGACGGCGGAGAGAUGGAAGCUGGAGGGAAGUCGUCGAAGGGAAGCAGGAGUUCCGCAUCCCUCGAACUCGAGAAUCUGCUCCACCGUUCCGGAAUCCUUGCCGACGGAGACAGAGGCGGAGGCGCAGACAGUGAGGAGCUGCUUGAUUUCCUCGCAAUGGAGACCCAGGAGUGGAUCGUUAGCCAGUCAGACAGUCAACUCCGCUGGGAGACCGUGCCCGAAUUGACAACCGAAAUCCUGUUGAAUUUUGAAGAAGUGGUCGUUGACAUUGCUAAGGUAUUUGAAAACAAGAAGAUCCGGGAGGAGGCAAUGGCAGUGCUAAGGUUCGGCUUCAGAUUGCCGGCAUUCUCUGAGCAGAUCGAUGAGCUGAGGCACGAGAUGUGCAACUUUCUGUGAUCCUUCUCGUCAGAGAACAAAGAUAUAAGGAACACCAUGAUGAAGUUUAUUUCUGAGCCGUACCUAUCCCGUAUCAGCAAAUUGAAGUUGAUCUCUGACCGUAUCACUAUGCUCCAGCGAAUGGACUCGGACUUCGACUACAAAGUGAAAUCAACGAUGAUUAAGCUGAAAUCAGAAUCUUUCUUGUCAGCCAUGGAGGACGAGUUUUGCAGGGCAGGCAAAGAAGAUUCCGUGGAGAUGG